AAGGUUCAAAGCCGUAACGCCCUCGAAAAUCAGCAAAAGCCAAGAAAUCCUUAAAUUAAACUCGUGGGCGUCGGGACGGGAGUCUCCACCGGACCUUCUUGUGAUUGGAUAUUCCACGUGGUUGAUGCUACGGUUUGAAGACACCAAGGCAGACACUUUGACCCUCUUGGACGACCUACAGCAGAUGCAUAGGGCGGUGAUGCCCCUCUUACGGAAGAUAAGCCAACGGACCCGAGUGUUGGUGCUGUGCCAGAGUCGCUUUCGGCCCUAUUCAGAAUUCUCCUUUCUGCAUCAAAUUGCGAUCACUGCACCAAACUUUGACUGGAGUGAGGCAGCUGCCCGGUUGUUCUUAGAUCAGAGAGUCCAGCCCAGCACUUCCUUCAUGACCACCCUUCAAAGACAAGCCCUACACGGUCCUCCACAUCCCACGUCCUUCUCUUCUGGGCCUCAGCUACAAGCUUUCCACGAUCCACAACACCCUUCGUCCUUCCUUUCUGGUCAUCAAAGACACCUUCACAAUCCUCGACACCCCUCGUCAUUUCCUUCUGGGCCUCAAAGACACAUCCACGAUUCUCUACACUCCACGCCCUUCUCUUCUGGCCAUCAAAGACACAUCUACGAUAUUACUACUACGAUGCACCCCACCCCCUUCAAUUCUGAGCCUCAAACACAAGCUUUCCACGACUCUCUACGCUCCACGCCCUUCUCUUCGGGCCAUCAGAGAAACAUUCACGAUCCCUUCCACCCCACGUCCUCCUCUUCUGAGCCUUGGUGGUGGGACUCCGGUCUUCCACUCAACCUCGCCGGCCACCAAGAAUGCGAGGAACUGCACCGCCUCGGCCUCACCGCUCACCCAGCCUUCAGGGGCCCUACGCUUGCCUGCCACGACCCUCACCACGCGGGCACGGUGACCAACAAUGACCUGGUGACGAUGGUGCUGAACUUGCUGUGUAAUUCGGUGUUAAAACUAGACCAGAGUUACUGUUGUUCCUGAUGUUACGAUGUUACGGUAAUAUACUGCCGAAGAAAAAUCUGUAGAAAUACGUACGUUAUUGGGAAGGUAGGAAAGUUUUGAUGUGGCAGAGUACGUUAUCAGGUUAUCCAUUUUCUCUCGUUAACUUAGAUAUCAUAAAUACUAAAUAAAGUUCGUGAUGUCUUAGCCCCAAAAAUUAUAAUCAGAAUCACGUUACAUAUAGCCUAAUAUUCUUCACUCCUUAACAA